UCGAACGAUACUUCCACCGAGGAUCCAAUUUUGUACCAAGAGUCGCGGGAUGGAACUGUCGUUGGAGCAUGAACAGGAGUUGAAGAAGAUCUUCGACGAUUACGACGAGGAUGGCAGUGGUGACAUCGACGUUGAAGAGCUGGGGAAGAUUGCAGAUGAUUUGGGAGAACCGUUGUCCAAGGAGGAGCUAGACUACCUCGUCAAGGAGUUCGACGCUGACGGCAGCGGCACGAUUGACUGGGAAGAAUUCAUCGCAUGGUGGAAGUCUCCGUUCUAAUUGCACUAACACAUGCAUUAUCUACCUACUUGUGCACCUUACGGUCACGUUCGUGGAUUUGUUGUAUAGCAUGCAACUGACCUAUCGCCCAU